GGAAUUUUGGGUAUACAGUACAGCAAGGAACAGGGCCCAUAGAGGGAGGAGCAAGACCUAUUGGGAGGGGAACCUUUCAAGGGGCAGCUGGAUGUAAUGGAGAUGGAGUGGUGCCUUCUCACAGGAAUAACUUGCUCUGAAUAGUGUGGGAACUAACUGAAGAAAACAUACUCAAGAUCACAAAGCACAACAAUAUUCCUUUGCUGUUAUACUCACACCCAGCAGGUGUCUGAGUGUUCCAAUAUCCUGUUGGCCAGGGCAGUUGGUAAAAGACCCUUCACCACGUGGGAUAACUCUGCUGGAUGGCUACCCAAGGAUACAAUGGAGGUGGAAAAUGGAUGAAAAAAAUAACUGACAAUCCUCACAAAGCAAAUUCUUCACCUGCCUCAAGUGAAGAAGAGCAAACUGACAAAUUGGGAUGUCUGCUUGGAUUCUUCCUCAGGACCAGGCACCUCUCUCAGCAGGAAAUUAGCUAUUUCCAGUUUCCUGGAGAGUUACUGAUGAGAAUGCUGAAAAUGUUGAUUUUACCUCUGGUUGUUUCAAGCUUAAUGUCUGGGCUAGCAGCUCUCGACGCUAAGACAUCUAGUCAAUUAGGCAUCAUAACAGUCACUUACUAUCUUUGGACCACUUUUGUGGCUGUUAUUGUGGGAAUAAUUAUGGUCUCCAUUAUCCAUCCUGGUGGGGCAGCCCAAAAGGAGAACACGGAGGAAAGUGGGAAGCCAAUCAUGAGCUCUGCAGAUGCCUUGCUGGACUUAAUUCGGAAUAUGUUUCCUGCCAACCUUGUUGAGGCCACUUUUAAACAGUACCGAACCAAAAGCAUCUCUAUUGUGAAGGCUAAGAAAGCAAUGUCCGAAAGUACCACGCGCCAAAUAAUAAUCUAUGAGGUUCAGGAUGAAAAUGGAUCCAACAUCCAGAAUUUUGCCUUGGAUAUCACACCACCACCAGAAGUGAUUUACAAGUCGGAGCCAGGCACCAGCGAAGGCAUGAACGUGUUGGGGAUUGUAAUAUUCUCUGCUACCAUGGGGAUAAUGCUGGGCAGGAUGGGUAACAGUGGUGUUCCUUUGGUCAGUUUUUGCCAGUGCUUGAAUGAAUCUGUCAUGAAGAUAGUAGCUGUUGCUGUAUGGUAUUUUCCAUUUGGAAUAGUAUUCCUUAUUGCUGGUAAGAUCUUGGAAAUGGAUGAUCCAUCAGCUAUUGGGAAGAAGUUAGGCUUUUAUGCCAUCACUGUGGUUUGUGGCCUGGUGGUACACGGACUUUUUAUUCUGCCCAUGAUGUACUUCUUCAUCACCAAGAAGAAUCCCAUUGUCUUCAUCAGAGGGAUUCUUCAAGCCUUGCUUAUUGCUCUGGCCACAUCAUCCAGCUCAGCCACUUUGCCUAUAACCUUCAAGUGCUUGUUAGAGAAUAACCACAUGGACAGGAGGAUUGCCCGAUUUGUGCUUCCUGUGGGGGCUACAAUCAAUAUGGAUGGGACUGCCCUUUACGAAGCAGUAGCAGCUAUUUUUAUUGCUCAAGUAAACAAUUAUGAACUGGACUUUGGACAGAUCAUCACCAUAAGUAUCACAGCAACAGCUGCCAGCAUUGGUGCAGCUGGGAUCCCUCAAGCUGGCCUUGCGACUAUGGUCAUUGUUCUGACGUCAGUGGGGCUGCCUACGGAUGACAUCACUCUCAUCAUUGCUGUUGACUGGGCCUUAGACAGAUUCCGAACAAUGAUCAAUGUGCUGGGAGAUGCUCUUGCUGCUGGAAUAAUGGCUCAUAUCUUCAGGAAAGAAUUCACCAAGAAUGGGUCGGAGGUGCCUUUGUUCAGUGAAACAAAACCUAUCAGCAUCCACCAGAUCAUGGCUUACCAGAAAAAUGGCUGUGUGAAGAGUGUGAAUGAGCCCCAUGGACCUGAACCAGCAAAAACAUUCCAACAUCUCAUACCUGUUCAAGUGGAGCAAGAAGAAAACCCGACAGAAACUCAUACAGAGAAAUUCAACAGUAAAGACCACUGCACUAUUGAAAUCAAUGAACUGGAGACAAAUGUGUAA